AGAGCGAGCGUUUCUCUCCGCAAAUGAUGGGGACAAAAGUUGCCUAAAAUCUGAGACUCUGAGGUUUUGAGUGUUUUGUUCAACAACAAAAAAAAAAAAAAAGAAAGUCGGAGGUUUUGAGUUCUCUCUAUACCAAUACCAACAACACUCACUCAUCGCUCACUUCCUUCCUUAAAAAUCUCCGACCUAAUCAAAAUACACAUUUGCCUCUAUUGCUCCUCUGUCAAAACCGUUACUGUCUUCGAAUUGGAUCUCUCCUUCGAGCAGAAACACCCAAUUGAACCAUCACAGUUCCACAGUGACAGGGAAAAGCUAGGCUUGAGAAUACCGUUUCCUCUCUGUCGAUAAGAAACAAAAGAGUGAAGAAGCGGCUACAAUGCCCGAGUCCCACGAAGCAUCGAAUUACGAUGAGGUCUCUAUGCAGCAAACCAUGCUCUUUUCUGAUGGUCUUCAGGACUUGAAGAAUCUGCGAGCACAGUUGUAUUCGGCAGCUGAGUAUUUCGAACUAUCUUACACUACUGACGAUAAAAAGCAGAUAGUUGUAGAGACUCUGAAAGAUUAUGCCGUGAAGGCUCUGGUGAAUACAGUUGAUCAUUUAGGCUCUGUUACAUAUAAAGUGAACGACUUUAUCGAUGAAAAAGUCGAUGAAGUAGCUGAGACUGAACUUCGAGUGUCUUGCAUCGAACAGAGGCUAAGGAUGUGCCAAGAGUAUAUGGAUCAUGAAGGACGUUCACAGCAAUCACUUGUGAUUGAUACUCCAAAGUUCCAUAAGCGAUACAUCUUACCCGCGGGUGAGAUUAUGACUACUACCAAUCUUGAAAAGCUUAAGUACUUCGGAAGUAGUUUAGAGGAUGCAGAUGAUUGGAACCAAUUUCGAAAUGCUGUCCGCGCUACAAUCCGGGAAACACCUCCACUACCUGUUAGAAAAUCGACAUCUCAGACUUCAUCUCCACGGCUACCACCUCAACGAUCAGCAACCUUUUCAUUUACCUCUACCAUUCCGAAGAAAGAACAAGAUAAGAUAUCAGUUUCACCGCAUCGGUUUCCGCUACUAAGAUCAGGAUCAGUAGCUACUAGGAAGUCAGCAUCAAUCAGCCGACCAACGACACCAAGCAAGAGCAGAUCUAUAACACCUAUACGGUAUCCAUCAGAACCAAGAAGGUCGGCUUCGGUCCGGGUGGCAUUCGAGAAAGAAAACCAGAAAGAAACAGAGCAGCAAGUACCUAGCAAGAGCAAACGACUACUCAAGGCGUUGCUUAGUCGACGCAAAACCAAGAAAGACGACACUCUCUACACUUUCUUGGACGAAUACUAAAAUGCCAUUACCGGUUUAUCUUUGGAUGCGCUCUACUAAACCCGAAAACUGUGAAUUUUCAUUAUUCUUUUUAGCGUUUUCUUAAAAUCAUGCCCCUAAAAGGCUAGAACUACUUAUACACAUUUGCUGCCUAAAGUAUUCGCUUGUUGGGUUUUACCCACGGACCUCUAUUGAAGAGUAA